AUGUCUAUUACUGUUGAGGAAACAAGGUUGAUACAAAAACUUAAAAAGUUUGAAAUUCAGUGUGUAACAGGCAACUUUACUGCCGAUGACUUUCAUAUUGAUGUAGAACGCUAUAAGUUUUCUAAUGAAUAUGUGCUAUUAAAAGACUUGAAUGUUUUAAUGAAGAAUAUCUCAAAUCAUGAGUAUAAAAAAGCACUGCAAAUUAAUUCGGAAUUUUUUAAACCUUUCAAGGAUAUGUGCAAAGAUUUAACGUUAGUAUUUUAUGAUAUGUAUAAUCAAAUGAAGUCUAAUUACCAAUAUUUAUUUCACUCCAGCAGUGACGAUUGUCCUUAUGUAAAGCAAUUAAUCUUGCUUUUAGUUGGUGUGUCUGCUUUGCAAGAAUUUGUUAAAGCUAAUAUUUGUGGUCCAGUUUUACGAGAUUCAUCACUCCAUGAAAUUUGUGCUAGUUUCUUACCAGAUUCGCAUUUUUCUAAUGAAUCGGUUCUUAGUGCUCUUGGACAAAACGGAGAAGUUAUUUUAACACAUAUUUCUCAUCCCAAAUUGCUAUUUUUGAGUCUUAUGUUAUUAUUUGGUAACAAUUUUGAUAAAUGUCUUACUCAUAAAUGGUGGUUAUCACGUUGUAUGAUGAUUCAUCAGAAGAUUCUUCCCGAUAUGUCAUUAAGUUUAUACAGAUCCAUCAAUUCCUUGAUUCAUUCCCAGUGUGAGAUUAGUUUUCUGCAUGACAAAAGCGAACCAUUGGCUGCUUUCAUGUUUAAUUGUGAAUGUGCUCAGUUCUUCAUGUACUACAAUGAACUAAAUGUAGCUGAAAGAUACAUUAUAAAUGCACAAAACAUUAUUGGGCUAGGCAUUCAGUUUAUAAAGGAUGAAGAUGAAAUAAGCCAAAAGCGGAUCAUUGUAAAAAGAAAUGAUAAAAGAUACGAUAGUGACUUAAUUGUAUACAAUUGUGCUUUUCCUAAUUGUUUUGUUCCAGAAAUGGGGGGGAACAGGAUUGCUUUACUUGAUCAUGAGAGAAAAGAAACUGAUGAACUGUCUCCAGAGGAACAGGUGGUAUUGCUUUUGUACUGCCAGUUAAUUCUGAGCAGAAGGUGUUACAGUGAUGUCAAGUCUUAUGAUGAUAUUUUAAUACUCGAGUCCUUGUUGUCAAAACCUAAAAUUUGGUCUUUGCAAGUGAAGGCUUUGAUUUUGAGGUGUAUAAGGGGAGGAUGCGAACAUACCAUAAAUCAAGUGAAUGAGUUGAUUUUCCACAUUAAGAAUGACGUGACAAUAUUUCCUCAUAAACUGGUUCUGUUCUAUUGUACUUCUCUUCCAAUGAUAUAUAACAUGCAUAAAAUGCAUGCUGAUGUAUUGUUAAGCACAGGACUUGUAAUGGAAGCUUUAGAAAUCUAUAAGGUGCAUAAUUUAUGGAAAGAUUCUAUUUACUGUUAUAAGGAUUUGGAUAUAGUUUCAGUAGGAGUGAAUGUGCUUGAAGAGGAAAUAGCCAUUAAACCUAGUCCUUUACUUUGGUGUUAUUUAGGUCAUCUUAAAGAUGAAGUGGAGGUUUAUCAAGUUGCUUGGGAUUUGUCUCGCCAUUCUAAUGCCCGAGCUGCACGUUACAUGGGUUAUUAUUAUUAUAAGCAUGAAAUAUAUGACACUAGUAUUUCUCAUUUCAAAGAAUCACUCAAACUUAACUGUUUGCAGCCUAAGGUAUUAUUCUGUAUGGGACUCGCUGCUAUGGCCUGUAAUGAUUUUGCUACAGCUAUUGACGCUUUUAAAGGUAUCCUAGAAAUGGAUGUUGAUAAUUGUGAAGCUUGGAUACAUUUGUGUAAAGCUUAUAUUAAGGCUGAUGAUAAAGUCAAUGCAUGUAGAUGUUUCGUAGAAUCGACAACGUUCAGUAUAAAAACGACGAGCAAAAUGAGGAAAAAGUUUUGGGAAAACUAUCUAUUGAUUAGUGCUAAAAUUCGUGCAUUUUCUGAUGCGAUAACUGGUUUUAAUAGUUAUCUUGAUGAAAAAUUUGCUUGUUUUUAUUUAUUUGUUGGUGACACACCUUGUUCGAAAUAUCUGUCCUCUACUGACAUAGAGGUUUUAAAAAUUAUAGUUAACGCUAUUAAAACUGAUACACCUGAUAUCCACCAUACCUUUUCUUUAACACUGAAAAGAAAAGCAAUCAAACUUUUUAAACGAAUAAUUUCUAAAAAAUGCCAUUACCCCAUUAUUUGGGAGUUGUAUUCUGUUUUGUUGUGUAUUGGAGCAGAUUUUCGAAACAACAUGUAUAAUACAGAAAAAAUUAUUAAUUUGCAACAAAGAGCUAUUAAGUAUUAUAUUGAGCGAUUAGAUAAAUAUAAUUGGUCUUUUGAACCACUGCUGAAACUUUUGUUGAAAUGCCUGAAUUUAUUUGAUAUCUAUGCAACAAAUUUGAGAGGCAGACCUGGUAUGAAGAAAAGAGAAAGGAUUAAUUGUUCUAAUUUCAAAUUAUUUUUAGAUAAAGCAGUGAGAAGAGUUAAAUAUCUCCCUCGAGUUUCUCCGAGAGAUCGUGAUUUAAUAUGUGAAAUAGAGCAAAAAUUUGGAAAUAUGCUUUAA